AACAUGUGGAAACCACCAAUCAAUUUCAUCACUCUGCAUUAUGCCUACAUAAUCACCUUUGGCAUUCUUGCCCUGGCCAUCAUUUAUCCAUAUGGCAACCUUCAACCCAUUGAUGCAUACUUCUUUGGCGUCAGUGCCUCGACUGAGUCCGGUUUAAAUACUGUGGAUGUCAAAGACCUAAAAACCUACCAACAAGUCUUUAUUUACAUUGUGCCCAUCAUCACCAACCUAGGUUUCGUCAACAUUGUGGUUGUUAUCUUUAGACUACGAUGGUUUCAGCAGCGCUUCAAGAAAAUCGCUACAAGAAAGCCGAUCCAAUCAAGAAAGCUCGAAUCCGAAGCCCCGAAUACCGCCGACACAGGUGACCUCGAGGAAGGCAUAACAAUGGAUACUAGCAGCGAUGAGAGGCAACACAUUGCGCUUGAGCGCUCACAAGACGGAGCUAAUCACAUCAGAUUUUCUCCCGAUAUCAAGCAAGAGCAUGAGAAAACUUCAGAUGAGCAUGUUACAUCGCUUUCGGAUGACGAAGAUGCGAUCAAAAUCGCCCCAGCUGGCUCAGCCUCGGAUAACGCCAUGCAUCAUCGAAAACCUCGCAGAGGUAGCCAAAGUGUAUAUGCUUCAAUGGACAACGCCGUAUCGUCAAUAUUUGUUCUUGGGAAGACAGCUACCAGCAACAGCCGUGACAAAGGAAGGGAGCUGGAACCUCACGAUUUGGCAUCGCUGAGCCGAGAGGAACUGGGGGGUAUCGAAUACCGCGCACUAAGGGUUUUGCUGAAAAUAACAACUGGGUAUUUCUUCGGCCUCCACCUUUUUGGUGUGGUUUGCUUACUUCCCUGGAUUCAUACGGCGAAUCCAAAGUACACCGACUACCUCGCUUCGCUAGGCCAGAAUAAAACAUGGUGGGCUUUCUACUCUUCGCAAACCAUGGUCGACAAUCUUGGGUUUACUCUCACUCCCGAUAGCAUGAUUACUUUCCGAGACGCGACUUGGCCCAUGCUAAUAAUGUCUUUCCUUGCCUAUGCAGGGAACACAUUCUACCCUUGCUUCCUGCGUCUUCUUGUAUGGAUCAUUUACAAGCUAGUACCGGCCUCGUCAUCACUAAAGGAAUCACUGCGUUUCCUAUUGGACCAUCCACGGCGAUGCUACACUCUUCUUUUUCCGAGCUCGGUGACCUGGGUACUUGCUGUUGUUCUUUUUGUACUGAAUUUCAUCGACAUCCUCCUCAUCAUCACACUCGAUCUUGACAAUCCGGAACUCACCUCUCUACCCUUGGGCCCUAGGAUACUCGCCUCCAUAUUCCAGGCCGCAUCAGCACGCCACACGGGUGCUGCUACUUUCAAUCUCGCCAACGUGAAUCCCGCCGUCCAGUUCAGUCUCCUUGUUAUGAUGUACAUAUCUGUUUAUCCGAUUGCGAUUAGCAUCCGGAUGAGCAGCAGCUACGAGGAAAACCCAGUGGGUAUAUAUGGCGGGGACGAUAUUCCGGAUGAGCAAAGAGGAAAAGCAUACUUGCUUGGUCAUCUACGAAACCAGUUGAGCUUUGAUCUGUGGUACAUUUUCCUUGGCGUAUUCUGUAUCUGUGCUACCGAAAGUAAACGAAUCAUGGACGCUGAGGACCCGUCGUUCAAUGUGUUCGCAAUCUUUUUCGAAGUGGUCUCCGCGUACGGUAAUGUGGGCUUGUCGCUUGGACACUCUAGUAAUCUCACUUCAUUGUGCGGUCAUUUUAUGCCUUUCAGCAAGCUCGUCAUCUGUGCCAUGAUGAUCCGCGGAAGACAUAGGGGUAUGCCGUAUUCACUCGAUCGUGCCAUUACUCUGCCCAGCGAUCGAAUGGCCGAAUCGGAUGAGAAUGAAUACGGUCAGGCGCACGAGAGGGUGGCAGAGAAGCAGAGCUCAGCUUCUAAAAGCCAUGUCAGCUAA